AUGGUGCUUACGAGAGCACUUGAUUCGCGGCUGGCCUGGGCUGGUCGCAGCUCCGCUUCUCAGGGUGGGGAAGCGCCGCUAAAACUAUCGGCGCAUCCAUUAGGCCGUUUUAUUGGAGCACGACCAUUUGUGCGAUAUGGGAAAGUUAAUCGGCCGUUGCGGACAUGUGCGGAGUACUCAGGGGAUUCAGGGGCCAGCAAGGAUAAGUCAGACUAUCCAUCAGCCCCCAGCACGGACGCAGCCUCGUUUUUGAGGGAGCACAUGCGGGAUGAGCGGAGCACACGGGAGCACCGACAGCCCGUGACGGCCGACCGACUUCCAGAUAUGAUCGCGCCGUAUCAUAUCCACAGAUGCGGCCACCCGGCUGGCCUAGGCUUGGAUGUCCCCCUCUCGCCGUGGGAAGCCGACCUGCUGCACGCUUCAUCUGGUGCCGCUGGUUCGAGUGUGACACUAACGAGGGAGAUUGAGAAGCCUGGCGAUAAGCACCUCCUGGGCGGGGUUGUUAGCGAAGCCAGGAUUGUAUCAGAGGGCGGAGGGCUAGGUUUGUCAGCAGCCUACCUGCUUGCCUCCAUGCCCGCGUGGGACGAAGGGGAGUGUGAGCGGUACCUGUCUCAAGAGCUGGGUGAAGAGGAGGAGUUUUCGGGAAGCGAAGAGGCCGUGGAGACGGCGAAGGCUCAGGGAGGUUCGGAGCACAAGGAAAGUGGAUCUCUGGAGGAAGCUUCUUCGAAGGCGAUGGAUGAUUACAGGCGGCGUGCCGUGGUGAUGUGGGCGGUUGGUGAGGCGACGGUGAAUGAGGCGGUAGAGGGUUGCACGGGAGAAGGGGGUGAUGGGAAGGAGGAGGCUAACGACGAGGGUGAUGGAAAAAAAUUAAAAGAGGGGGGGAACGGAGGGCAUGCUUGGCAGCAGAGAUGGUGGCCCCAUAAGCACACUAGACCUCUGGAACAAAGGCAUGGGUCGCAAUUGGACAAGCAUUCGUAG